AUGAUCGAGGGAACACGAGUGUUUCCAACUAAUGGAUCGCAAUCUAUGAUCAAAUAUCGUUUAAACGCAGCCGAGAAAAGUUAUAUCCUUUUAAAAAAGAAAUCUGAUACCUUGUUAACCUAUUUUAAAACAAUAUUAACAAAAUUAUUGGAAAAGAAAUCGAUAUUAAAAGAAGUUAUGAAGGAAGCCUCGUUUUCUUUGGCCGAAGUUAAUUAUAUAACCGGUAAUAUAAAUCAAUUUGUAUUGCAAUUAGCAAAUAAGGCAACGAUCAAAGUAUUAUCACGAAAAAAUAUUAUCGUUGGUGUUAAUAUUCAAACCUAUGAAUAUUACGAAGAAGGUUUGGAUCCUUUUCUUUACACUGGCUUAGCAAGGGGAGGACAACAGGUACUUAAAGUGAAAAAUAAUUAUCGAAAUGCAUUGGAACUCCUAAUUCAAUUAGCAUCUUUGCAAUCUAGUUUUAUAACAUUGGAGGAACAUUUAAGAGUGACUCAUCGUCGUGUUAAUGUACUACGUUAUAUUAUUAUACCACGAUUAAAAUCUACAUUGACGUAUAUUGCGGCUGAAUUAGAAGAACGCGAAAGGGAAGAAAUUUUUAGAUUAAAAAAGGUACAAACACGAAGAAGAACUAAGUCGAACGCGAUAAGAAAUAUUUCAAUUAUCGAAGAUACUAAAAAAGCUAUCGACGACACCGACCAUGAUCUACUUUUUUAA